AUGUCUUAUGGGUCACCGUUUGCAAUAUCAGUCAGGCAAGAUAAGAGGCAGCCUCAGGAUACAAGACCAAGGAGAGUGACAAGAGCUGUUGAAAUGAGAAAUGUUGCACCGGUGGUUACUUUGUCUAUAUCUAAAUCGUACGAUAGCCCUUACUUGGAGAAGAAACCAACUCACUCUGAAUCCUUCCCUGACAUAUCCGGUUUCCUUAUUCUCUCGGCAGUCGAAUCAAUUGUGCCAAUUCCGGCGUUUGGAUCGAUAUCCUUCCAUCAAGACAUCAUUCAAGAUCGCUUUCCUUCAAUAUUUUCAUCUCAAACUCAACCACACCUAUUGUUAAAACCACCUUGUUACACAACUAUGACCAACCUUUCGAUUCAAUCAUCCACUCCACCUGACAAGGGUUGGCUACCAUAUGACAUUGUGUCUCAAAUUGUCGACAUAUUUGUGUCUGACUUGGGUCACUAUCGAUACGACGACCAUGAUACUUCCUCUGACGAAUACCUUCUCCAUGAAUCAAUCACGGAACUUCUUCAACUUCGUUUAGUUUCUAAAACUUGGUCAGAGGCUGUAAUCCCAUUCGCUUUUCAUAGUAUGGAACUUCAUUCCUCCAAAGCGGUUCAAGUGAUUCUCGACAACUGGUCAAAAAUUCAGGCUCCCGAUCGUCCAUGCCCGGUAAAGCGUCUUAUAAUUCAAGACUUGUUUUUUGUAGACCAUACCAACGAGAAGUCUGUGAAAGGUCUCAAAUCUACGGUUAUAUUCAUGGAUCAGGCUGUAAAACUCAUCGAAUUAAUUGGAGAAAACUUGAACGAGUUGACAAUGUUGUUUGUUGAUGGGUUCGGUAUCGCACCAAAUUUGGUCAAAGCUGUGAAACGCAUCAAAGAUUUAAAAAAGUUAUGCAUACAAGAUGGAGAGGGUUAUGAUUUACCAGCGGGUUACGUUCCGCAAUCCUUAUCAGACUUGCUCGUCGCUGUUCCCAAACUCCAAGCGUUCACGCUCGAAUAUGUCGUCUUGAUGUGGUUUCAGUUGAAAUCACCAGCUCUAUCAAACUUGCAAUAUUUCAACUUCAGAUUUUUUCCUAAUAACCUCGAUGCAAUUGGCCACAUCGUUAAAACAGCAAAAGAAAGUUUGAAGAUAAUUGAAUACCGUGGAGAUUUCAAGGAUGCCAGACUGGUCUUUGGUCCUAUCGCCAACACGCUUGAAGGACUUAUCACCUAUAUAGUUGAAGAUGAUAUUCCUCAGUCGGCCAAGAAUAUGAAGUUUCCAAAACUUCGUCUUUUUCGUACUCGGCUUUUUCGAGAACCCGAUAGGUUUGGAAGAUUUGAACAUUUCCUCAAUUGGCCAAUCUUUCAUUCUAUCCGAACUCUUGUUUUGGAUAGUUAUGAAGGGGCAUAUUAUUUAACAGAUCACUUAGAACGUGGAGGUAAGAGUCCAUUUGAGAACACACCAAAUUUAAAACAUAUCAUCUUUAUGAUAGAUGAAUCAAGUGGAGGCUGCUCAGCAGUCACUUUGAAAUUGGUGGAAGAUCUUAAGACUUAUGGGAUUCGUUGUCAUAUGAGGCCUGAAUCAAAGCCUGAAAAGUUGAUGAUGGACUAUAUCAUGUAUAUGGAUGGGCGUUUAGAAAUGAAAAGGGGAGUCAAGUAA